CUUUUCUUUUCAGACUGAGAACGAAGUGUCCAGUCGCUUUUGUGUAUGUGUGGAGGGUGUGGCUCCUGGGCGGGGCUGUUAUACAUUAACCCUUUUCUCGCGAGAAGACAGUUGCUGGACAGGUGUGUACGCGAGGAUGUCAGUGACUACAGUCCAGGCAGAGACCAGUCAGUGUCUCUUCGAGUUCCUGCACAUGGAGAUUGUCUCCCAGCUGCAGCAGGAGGCUGGACCGGACAAGAAGGGAGAGGUACAGCAGCGACUGGAGAGUCUGGGCCACAGAGUGGGAGAGAGUCUGGUGGAGAGAACGUCACGUGACCACCCGAGGUUCAAGAACGAGCUGGACGCCGUCGUCUUCAUGUGCAAACAGUUCUGGGUGACUGCCUUCAACAAGAACAUUGACAACCUCAAAACCAAUCAUCAGGAUACGUAUGUUCUCCAUGACAAUGCGUUUAGACUGUUACAGCAUCUCUCUGAGGGGAACCAGUACAGAGAGGAGGCACAGACUUACCUGUCAUUUGCGUGUGGUCUGUUGACUGGGGCUCUGAGUAACGUAGGGAUCAAGUGUCAAGUCACUGCAGAAGUCACCAAAAUGCCAGCCUGCACUUUUCAGGUGAAAGUGCUGCUAUAACCUCACACCCCACUUCUUUAGCUUUUUAAUAAAAAGAGAAGUCAUAAUUAUGAUUGGUACAAAAAAACACAAAAAGACAUACAAACUGUCAUACAUCAAAUUCCAAGAGUGUUUCGUUGUAAAUGUCACUACUACCAUUAAUGUCUGCAACUGUAUAUCUGUUUGUGUAUGUGGGGUUGGGAGAAUGAGGCCGCGAGUGAGAGAUGCCUCCCUGCGCCGCUAUCAGGUGUUCGUUCCGGACACGCCCCCAGUACCGAUCUCUGCCCGUGACGUACAGCCAUCUGCACCACACCAGGCAUGGAAUGGAGACAGCCACUGAGACUACCAUGAAUACUAUGACUG